UAGGAAAGUUAAGAGCAACAUUUGUCGUCUUAAUAUGGUUCUUGUUAAAGCCGAUGGCAGUGCACCCGUCUUCCAUUGGCUCAUGACAUGAACUAAGUGGAUGUAAUAAAUACAUAUUUCAUCUUCUGCUCUGCUGGACUACAUCUACACAGUCUGUGUGACAGGAGUCUGCACAACACACGCAGCUGUGCAGCGUGACAUUUAACCCUCAAUGAUUGUGCGGCAGUUGACGUGUAGGGGACUGACCUCUCAGCUGUGUGCGGCAGUCAGACUGAACUGGAGCGCUCCAAAGAUGGCCAGACCAAGCUCAAAUUUAACAGAGUUUCGUGAGCAUUUUGCUAAAGCCAAGCACAUCGCUAUUAUUACGGGGGCCGGAGUGAGUGCAGAGAGCGGAGUACCAACGUUUAGAGGACAGGGGGGCUACUGGAGGAAAUGGCAGGCACAGGAUUUGGCAACACCUGAAGCUUUCUCUCGAGAUCCUUCUUUAGUGUGGGAAUUUUACCAUUACAGGCGCGAGGUUAUGCGCAGUAAGAUGCCAAACCCAGCACACCUGGCUAUAGCCGAGUGUGAGUCCCGUCUCAGCAAGCAGGGGCGCUCCGUUGUGAUCAUCACUCAGAACAUCGAUGAGCUGCACCAUACUGCUGGUUCCAAACAUGUCUAUGAAAUCCACGGUAGUCUAUUUAAAACCCGCUGCAUGAGCUGUGGAGAAGUCAAAGCCAACCACAAGAGUCCAAUCUGUCCUGCUCUUGAGGGGAAAGGAGAGCCUGACCCCAGUGCCAAGGAUGCCAGAAUACCAGUAGAGCACCUGCCCAGGUGUGACAGGAGUGGCUGUAAUGGAUUGCUGAGGCCUCAUGUGGUUUGGUUCGGAGAGACUCUGGAUUCAGAUAUUCUCACCGCUGUGGAGCAGGAGCUGGAAAUAUGUGAUCUCUGCUUAAUUGUGGGCACCUCCUCCGUAGUUUACCCAGCAGCCAUGUUCGCUCCUCAGGUGGCAGGCAGAGGAGUGCCUGUAGCUGAAUUCAACAUGGAGUACACACCUGCUACUAAGCGCUUUAAAUAUCACUUUGAGGGUCCUUGUGGUGUCACACUGCCUCCCGCCCUGGAAUGCCACGAGAGCGAGGUCAUUUAAGGAGAAAGAAGGCAUGACCCAUUCGUACAUGCCCACUGCAUAGAGCACUUUAACUGAGAGCACAUGGGAUUGGUUCAUGCCUUCAUGUGAUUGGUUUUCUUAUGGUUUGUGUUCUGUGAAGAUUUACUGCAAAACUCAGCUGAAAUUCAAUUUUAAAUAGUGUCUUUGAGUGUUUGCUUGGCAUACGUGGUAGAAUUUUGUGCAAGUUGUGUUUUUGGCAGUGGUUGUUAGGCUGAUGAUACAUGGGGCAACUUUUUGAGCAAUUUUGCCGGGCAACUUUUUUUUGAGCAAUGUUGCUUGGGCACUUACCCAUUGAGAAUGGGUAACAAAUUUUUAUUUGGAUAUUUUAGAUAGGCUGUGGGCCCUGUGUCUCACCUAGAUGCCCGAUGAUGGCAACAUUUCCCAAAGUUGCCUGGCAACAUUGCUCAAACAGUUGCCCAGUGUAUCAUCAGCCUUAGUAGAUUUUUUCCAGCUGAUUCAUGGGUAACUUCCACAGUCAUGGAAACCCAUUUACAGGAAUUUACAAAUCCUUAUUUCCAGACUCAAGGAAAAUAAUAGUAUUAGAGUUAUGGAAAUUUCAAUCAUGAGUAAGUUUUCAAUACGAUCAGCAAUGAAAUAUUCAAUCAGCUUAAAAUAACUGGCUGAAAAAAAUCAUGGAUAUUGAUUGGUCAAAUGUUAUGGGAAUCCUGAAUGUAGGUCUAGACACAAAUGCAAUAUAAUGAUUUUGAAUGAGCUGUGUCAAAAUGAUCACAGACAGACAGAGGAUAUGAAGUCAGGAGUUUAAUUUUAAAUAAAAUGACCAUAAAAUAAA